AACCCCUCCCCUCUUCGCUUUCGCUCCCGCCACCUUUCCCUUCGCUGCUCAUUCAGAACAGACGAUGCUCCCCAUCACACGCCGUCCUCUCCUCUCCCUCCCCGCUGCCCCAGCCCUUUCGCAAGCCUUAUACCACCAAGCAUUCAUUUGUACGGCAGAGAGCAGGAGCGAGGGAAGGCAGGCGUUUGACAGGCAAAAGUAGCGCUGCAGCGGCGGAGGGUGAGGGUUUGGAGCACCCCGUCUCAGCUCUGACAGCGAGGGAGAUCAGGGAUACCCAGGGACAGGGGCGUUUAAAUCUUCAGCGCCACAUAAAUGUUUUCUACUAACAGGCAGAGGGAAGAAGGAAGGAGACAGCCCAGGGAUCAGAAGACGACCCCGGCUCUCUGGUGAUGGCAUGGAUCGGACACUUUUCCAGCAGCUGUUUUACCUACCUCUCAGUCCUGUCACCAUCCGGUGUCCCCGAAGUGCCAAGGCACAAGACUGAUGCGGAGCCGCUCUUAGCAACCCAGCCAUGGCCGGAGAUUCUAGGAUCUUCAUGAACCAGGACAUGGACAUCGGAGUUACAUCCAGAGAGCCUAAGAAGAUUCCCAAACAGGCUCGGGAUGAUGUCCCCAUUGCCACUGACCGAACCCGCCUCAUAUCAGCAGAAGGUAAGAAGCCACGUCAGCGUUACAUGGAGAAAAGUGGCAAGUGCAAUGUGCACCAUGGAAAUGUCCAAGAAACCUAUCGAUAUCUUAGUGACCUCUUCACGACGCUGGUGGACCUCAAGUGGCGUUUUAAUCUUCUUGUCUUCACUAUGGUCUAUACCAUCACUUGGUUGUUUUUUGGGUUCAUAUGGUGGCUCAUUGCCUAUAUCCGGGGAGACCUGGACCAUCUUGAAGAUGAGAACUGGAUCCCCUGUGUUGAGAAUCUCAGUGGAUUUGUUUCUGCGUUUCUGUUUUCUAUCGAGACUGAGACAACGAUCGGGUAUGGCUAUAGGGUCAUAACGGAGAAGUGCCCAGAGGGCAUCGUACUGCUUCUCAUCCAGGCUAUUCUGGGCUCCAUUGUCAAUGCGUUCAUGGUGGGAUGCAUGUUUGUCAAGAUCAGCCAACCAAAGAAGAGGGCCGAAACCCUCAUGUUUUCUAACAACGCAGUGAUUUCCAUGAGGGAUGAGAAGCUCUGUCUCAUGUUCCGGGUUGGAGACCUCCGCAAUUCCCACAUUGUCGAGGCUUCCAUCAGAGCCAAACUGAUUAAGUCCAAACAGACCAAAGAAGGAGAGUUUAUCCCCUUGAACCAAACGGACAUCAACGUGGGAUUUGACACUGGAGACGACAGAUUGUUCCUGGUGUCACCUCUUAUCAUCUCGCAUGAAAUCAACGAGAAAAGCCCCUUCUGGGAGAUGUCCCGCACCCAACUGGAGAAGGAGGAAUUUGAAAUUGUGGUCAUCCUGGAAGGAAUGGUGGAAGCAACAGGGAUGACUUGCCAGGCUCGCAGCUCCUACAUGGACACCGAGGUGCUGUGGGGACAUCGCUUCACUCCUGUCCUCACCCUGGAGAAGGACUUUUACGAAGUCGACUAUAACAGCUUCCAUAGCACUUACGAGACCAACACUCCCGUGUGCUGUGCCAAGGAGCUGGCCGAGUCUCGCCGGGAGGGCCAGCUCCUCAGCCACCUCUCCAGUGCCACCCUCCUGGGCGGAGGCAGAGAGGCAGGGACAGCAAAAGAGGAAGAGGAAGAAGAAGAAGAGGAGGAAGAAGGCAGGGAGCCAGCAGGAUUGAAUGGAGCCAACGGGACAGCAGGAGAGGUGAAGGAAGACCUGCCUGUAUAACAUGUGAACUGCUGGACAGUAGAUACCCACACACACUUACUGGGAGACUGUGGCCUGGCGAGUCGGGAAUUGACUGGGAGUCAGAGAGCUGAGAUUUAUCUCCAGAUCUCUGCUGCCUGCUGCUUGAUCCCGGCGAGUCACUGCACAGCACUGUGCCUCAGUUUCCCUCCCCUUUUAUCUGUACAGUGAGGUUCCGAGCUCUGCACUCGUUUGCAAAGCAUUUUUCAUCUCUAUGGACAAAGCUCACUAAAUAUGAUCACUGUUAAAAUCAAAAAUCCCACCACUGGUUGUUUCAAAAGGUGUUCAUUGGGCGUUCAGAACUCUUCCCCCUUGAGAGGGUCUUUAAAAAGUAAAAGUCCAGAAUGUCCCAUCUCAGUAUGAAGAAUGUGGUUUCAUACCUUCACUUAAUUUGUGAGUCAAUGUAUUGUAGACAUUGUUACUGCUAAAUUAAAAGAAGAGGAAAAAAACCCAAACCUCUCUGGUAUGUAGUGAAGUGUUUUGCCUUCAUGAAUUUUAGCGUUUUCCUCCAGGAUCACAGUCCUGCAAAAUGCCUGAUAUUAACAGGACAGCUUGCCCUGCAAACCUUUAGCAUGUGUAUCCGCUGUAUUUUGGACUGUCUUCUCAACCUGGAGUCCUGUCUUUGUGUACGCUUUUCAUGGAAUCUCUGACACGUUAUUAGGCUGUCCAUGGUCACAGGAAGUUUAGAUCUUGCCCCAGUGAAGGUUUUUUCCUGGGUGUCCCAGUUGCAGUUCCAGUUGAUGUUUUAAAACAAAUUAAGUAGCCAUCUGAGAGUUCUGGGAUUUCAGACAGAAUCCCUGGAGUAGGUAGACCGGGUAAGCAACAGUUUGCAAAACUCUCUGCUCUUCUGUAAAGUACGUAUUUGAAAUAAAGC